AUGAUAAAAUCUUCUUUAUCUCAAUCAUCAGAAUUAUCAACAUUAAAUAAUGAUGAAAUAAAACUUAUUAUGUCAGUUAUUGAACGUGAUUUUAAACUUCGAGAGAAAGAAUAUAAACGUAUUCAUGAAUUAAAAUCUCUUAUACAACAAGAACAUGAAUAUGUAGAAUAUUUAACUACGUCAAGAGAAUUUAAUUCUAAACGAUGUAUAAUAUGUUAUAAAUUAUUUAAAAUAUAUUUUAAUUCAAAAGAAUUAUGUUCAGAAUGUAAAUUAUAUGUUUGUCAUAAUUGUGCAACAUAUAAUAAGCAACACAAAAUAUGGACAUGUAAAAUAUGUUUAAAACUAAAAGAAUUACAAUGUUUAACAGCCGAGUGGUUUUAUCUUGAAAUUGCCAAGAAAUAUAAACGAUGUGGUAGUGCAAAAGUUGUUCGUGACCUACACAAACGUCAAAAAGAACUUGCUGAGAUCAAUGAAUUGGAUGACGACCUUGGAUAUGGAACAUUAUCAACAAGUACGAUAAUUGAUUCGAAAGAUUUGGGUUUCUUCAGGUCAUAUAUUGUUCAUGAUGAAAGUAUUAAGCGUGAAUUAAAUGAAUAUACAAAACAAUUGAAAUUACUUAUUGAUAAUUUACAAUCGGAUUUAUCUAAAUUUACUACAUAUAAUAGUGAUUUGUCAAUCCACAAUAGAGAUAGAGAAAAUCUCAAAGAUCAUCAACAGCAAAUUGCAUCAGAAAUUAAUCGUGCUCGGAUUGCUCUUAUCGAUCCAUUGCGACGUUCAAAUAUAAAAUUAACUAUAGCAUAUGAAAAUGAUUUAAAAAAUUUAUUAAUACACAAAACUGAAGAAGUUCUUCAAACAAAUUUACAACAAUUUAAAAAAAGUUUAAUAACUGAGAAUUCAUCGAUAAAUUCAAUUGAUUUUGAUGAAAAAUUGGCACAAAUUAUUUGUGAUAAAUAUAUCAAUAAAGAAACCUCCAGUAAUUUAUCACAAGUUAUCGAUCCGUCAUCAAAUUUAUCUCAAAUACCUCCAAAACCUCAACGACAAUCAUCGAGUCCUUUUGUUAUCGAUCCUUCAUCUCAUCAAUCAAAUCAGAGCGUCUCCUCACCUCAAACAUCAAAUACAUCUUCGAAAAUGAAUCGUCGUAAUGAGACUCUUCGAAAAAUGACUUCAUUAAGAACAUCAACUAUUGAUGAACAAGAAAAAGAAGAAGACACAGACGAAGAUAAAACUCCAACUGGAAGUUCAUUUGAAGAUGAUAAAUCAGAUUAUCUAGACGAUAAAAAUCGUUUUAUUGAUACAGAUAUUGAAAUCAUCAGGAAAUCUAAUGAACGUGUUAAUGAUUGGAAUACAAAUUUUAAUUUAAUUGAAUCUGUACUUACUCUAUCAGAUAGUGAUGAAGAAGAAGAAUUAUCAACUUGGUUAUAA